CAGACAGCAGGAAACCAGAGGAACAUUCUGUUUACUGCUCUCACUUUUUAUUUAUUUAGUUUACAUAGCUUAACACAUCCCGGGAGUCAUUUUCAGACAACAGACUAAGACACAGAAGAACAAGUCAGCUGACAGAAGAGAAGAGUGCUUUUUUUAUUUUAUUAUUUUUUUUUUUGCGUCUUCUUUAAAUGGAGAAGAGUCGCACAGGGGAGACAGACUCAGGAAGUGGCAGGUAAAGCGAAGAAUGUGCUCCAGAGCAAACAACGCGGAGCUGCAACAUGCAUCGUCGGAUCCGGCUCUCAUCCUGGAGCUGAAAACCAGGAGACCCCUGUCCUUGGAGGGCCGGGCGGGAUGUGAGACCUGGAGCGUGGACUUCUCCCCGGACGGAGCCUGGUUUGCAUGGUCGAUGGGACAUGGGAUCGUCUGGGUGGUCGCCUGGCCUUUGGACUCAGAAGACAGUCAGGAUGGAGAGACCGACCGAGGAGACAAGAGUUUUAGCUGUGGUCACCCAGUGUGGGGACUCGCCUUCGGACCCAGACCCCCAAAAUCAGCCGCAGCCUCAGCCGGCAGAGCUAAAACGUCAUCGAAAUGGAGAAACAGUCUGCUUCUGGCCACAGGUCUGGAGAAUGGCGUGAUCAAAAUCUGGAAUGUGUUGACAGGCGAGGCUGUGUUUGAUCUCCACGGUCACGAAGGCGUUGUGAGGGACCUUGUCUUCCCUCAGAACGGGACGCUCACACUCAUAUCAUCUUCUCGGGAUAAGACCCUGAGGAUCUGGGACCUGAAUCAGAAAGGUAAAAAGGUGCAGGUGCUCUCGGGCCAUAAAGACUGGAUCAGCUGCUGCAGCGUGUCAUCAGACUGCAGCAUGAUUGCAUCUGUGGGCAGGUUUGACAGAAUGGUGUGCCUGUGGAGUCUGCGAUCAUACAUAUUCAUCAGGAACCUUACAGGAGGGACCCAUAAGACCUUGUACCUUUUGUCUUCCUGUGACUUCUCUCCUGACGGGGCGCUGCUCGCCACCGCUGCCUUCAGCGGCUCCAGCUGGUGGAUCGACCUCUGGGACCCUUACACGGCAGAGAAACUGGCCACUCUGGUAGAUUACUUUGAAGAUUACGGGCAAAACCAGAUCUCAUCAAUACAGUUCUCUCCUAAUGGCUUGAACUUGGCGAUUGUGACUGACGACAGACCUCUUCGGAUCUGGGAGCCGGGAAAGAAAGGGAUGGUGAUGCAGACGAAGGCGGAUCGAGACUCUAAUGGGCUCUGCUGCAACUACCAUCCACAAGGAGGAGUGGUGGCCACUGGAACGAGGGACGGCCACGUGAGGUUCUGGAAGGUUCCCAGGACGGUACCCAGCCUGUGCCACCUGUGCCGAUCCAUCCUGCGCCACUCGGUCUCCACGCACCAGAUGGAGCCGCUGCCUCUUCCCAAGAGGAUCCUGGAGUACCUCACUUACCGCAACAUCCCUGACCGCCUCAAGACCUGCUGCUCCUCAGAUGAAGAGGACUGGCAAAGUUAAAGCAGAAAUGUUUAAACACAAUGCAACCACUGACAUUUACAGCGAGUGAUUGUUAUACACUGUCUCAUGAUAUUUAAAAAAAAAAAAAAAAAAAAGAGGCGUAUUUUGUUUGCUGAACACGAGAUGCUUUUAAAAGCAUAAAUAUAGCACAAGGAGCAUCUCAUAAUUUACCUUAGAUGUAACAUUCCUACACUAAGAAUUUCAUUUAUUGCACAACUUGUGUAAGAUGCAUACAAUUAAUUUUAAUUUGCUUAUUUUGACUUGAAUAUUACACUUUUAUAUACUGUUAAUUUAUUGUGUAAAUAUCAAAUGUAUAUGUAUUUCUAAUCCCUGUGUUUAUCAUCAUAGAGCAACUAUGAUCACAUGCACUACUACUGUAACUGCACAUGUCAAUAUAAAAAAGA